CAUCAAGUUGAUUUAUUUCGGACAGCAAACGAGCACGAACCACAAGUAGACAAUCACUAUUCGCCGUAUACGGAGACACACUUUGUACCGCAAUGAAUUUCCAAUCGAUUUGCGACCACCGCAAAUUUGUGGAAAAGAUACCAAAGGCAACUUUUAGAAUAGUUUCCCGUCAAAGGGAUGCCAUCAAAUGUGCACCACCACCAUCGUCGUUUAAUUUUUUCCGUCCCUGGGUUGAUCAUGCAAAUGAUAAAACAAAUUCGGAAAACAAAAGUGAUGCGCAACUGUAUUUGAAUCGAAAUUCAGACAACAUUAAGAUGCAAACCGACAACGAUAGCGAAUGUUUAAAGAAGAUAUGCAACACCAAUGAAUUCUCAUAUGAAAUACGAAGUGAUGGGAAUUCAGACGACGAUCGCAAAGAGAUUGAGAAGACAGCAGUGACGAAAAUCGAUCAAACACCUGAAAAUAGACGAAAAAAACAUAAAUGUUUUUCAUGUGAAUAUGUUACAUUGCAUAAAGGUCAUUUCGAAAAACAUGCUCGAAUCCACUUGGGUCGACGUUUCAAAUGUGAUUUAUGUCAAAGGGGUUUUUAUACGACUGUUCAUUUGAAAAAACAUAAACGACUCCACCGAAUGGGGUUAGUAGAUACAAAAGAUGCUCCAAAAUGCAAAAUAUGUGACGAAAAAUUUUCAAACGAAAGAAAUUUGUCCGACCAUCAUAGCUGUGUAAUGACAUUUGAAUGCGAAAUUUGUCAAAAAAAAUUUGCUAACAAAUAUAGUUUAGACAGUCAUUUAGAAGUUCAUGUACAGUCACUGACGUCCAGCUAUGGAACAUGUGGUCAGGGACUUGGAAACGAAGACAAUAAACAGAUGCAAGAGAUAUUCGAAACCACGUUUGAUUCGGUGCAACAAGUAUCGAGGGAUGAGAGCGAAAGGACAGCGACAAAAAGUGCAAAAAUCGACACUAACAAUGCUAUAUACGGGAUCACCACUUAGAAAUUGACAAAAAUUCCAAUUUUGAUGAACUGAUUAUUAUAUUUUUCGUUUGCUUAUAAACUGAAUAAACGCAUCCACUACGAUGGAGAAGUACCUACAGCAGAA